UCCAAUGGAAGUGGAAUCUUGUGUCCCACCAGGUUUUAGGUUCCACCCAACAGAAGAGGAGCUUGUGGGUUAUUAUCUCAAGAGAAAGGUUAAUUCCCAGAAGAUUGAUGUAGAUGUCAUCACUGAAAUUGAUCUCUACGGAAUAGAGCCAUGGGACAUCAAAGAUAGAUGUAAGCUAGGUUAUGAGGAAAAGAAUGAGUGGUACUUCUUCAGUCACAAAGACAAGAAAUACCCAACUGGAACAAAAACCAAUAGAGCAACGGUUGCCGGAUUCUGGAAGGCAACAGGGAGAGACAAGACAGUGCUCUCUAAGAACAGAAUUAUUGGGAUGAGGAAGACCUUAGUAUACUACAAUGGCCGUGCACCCAAUGGGAAGAAAACUGAUUGGAUCAUGCAUGAAUAUCGGCUCCAAACAUCUGAGCAUAGAUCACUUCAGGAAGAAGGAUGGGUCGUGUGUCGCGCAUUCAAGAAGCAAAUUCUAAGGCAUUCACACGGUAUUCAGAUGAUGAAUCACACUUAUUAUGGAAGAGAUGACCUGCAAGUAAUUAGCCAUUAUCAAGGAACCACCAAUUUUCCUUAUCAGCCUGUUUGCUCUGAGCAGGAGCUUUUGUCUAUGAAUGCUCAAUUAGAUAAUCAACUCAUUGAUCUUCUACAACUAGAAAGCCCUACUUUGUCAAACAGUUUAGUCACUAGUGAAUGUUUUGAGCCUACUGGUACAUCGAAUUCCAAGGAGGAUUACAAUGAUGAAAUGAACAACAAUGUGGGAGAGUUCCCUGAUUGGAGAACUUUGCACAAGCUUCUGGCAUCACAACCUACUAAUUUUCCAUUACUUGAACAAGAUUAUGUCAUGGAUGGCCAAAAUCAAGGAAAUGAUCCCCUUGGUUGCUUCCAUAACUUGUAAAAGUCAGACCUUUAUUCCUCUAAGUUACUAUUGGCAUGACUUAAGAGAAUGGAUUUUGAAUAAUUUUAAUUGGUAAACCUUUUAUGGCUUUCUUGGUAAGAUGCUUUUUAGUGAAGUGAUGUACUAUAUUUGGUGGGAAAGGAACGAAAGAAAGAAGAUGAACUUCAAUUUCCAAGAUUACCAUUGGGUUGAGGAAUAAAAUUCUAUACAAUUGUGUUGUUUGUCAUAAUUCAAAUAGAAAUAGACAU